AUGGUGCUGAUUAAGGAAUUCCGUGUGGUUUUGCCCUGUUCUGUUCAGGAGUAUCAGGUUGGGCAGCUCUACUCGGUUGCAGAAGCUAGUAAGAAUGAGACUGGUGGUGGAGAAGGAAUUGAAGUCUUAAAGAAUGAACCUUAUGAGCAGGAUGGAGAGAAAGGACAGUAUACACACAAAAUUUAUCACCUAAAGAGCAAAGUUCCUGGAUUCGUCAGAUUGAUUGCUCCCGAGGGCUCCCUGGUAUUUCACGAGAAAGCCUGGAACGCGUAUCCCUACUGUAGGACAAUUGUAACGAAUGAAUAUAUGAAAGAUGAUUUCUUCAUUAAAAUCGAAACAUGGCACAAACCAGACUUGGGAACAUUAGAAAAUGUACACGGUUUAGAUCCCAACACGUGGAAAACUGUUGAAAUUGUCCAUAUAGAUAUUGCAGAUCGAAGUCAAGUUGAACCAGCAGACUACAAAGCGGACGAAGACCCAGCAUUGUUCCAGUCCGCCAAGACUAAGCGAGGCCCUCUGGGGCCCAACUGGAAGAAGGAGCUGGCAAACAACCCCGACUGCCCUCAGAUGUGUGCCUAUAAGCUGGUGACCAUCAAGUUCAAGUGGUGGGGGCUGCAGAGCAAAGUAGAAAACUUCAUCCAGAAGCAAGAAAAAAGGAUAUUUACAAACUUUCAUCGCCAGCUUUUCUGUUGGAUUGACAAGUGGAUUGAUCUGACGAUGGAAGAUAUUAGGCGAAUGGAAGAUGAGACCCAGAAAGAAUUAGAAACAUUACGUAACCAAGGUCAAGUGAGGGGCACAAGUGCAGCCAGUGAUGAGUGA